ACGCCUGGAUCUUCAAGGAUGAGUCUGGAUGUGUUAGCCUGGUACCAAGGUGCAUUAAAGUGGGCUGGAUCAGUGAGACUCCCUGAAACUUGUGUGUAAGGAUUAAAACCUGAGUUUUUUGGGGGGAUGACUUGGUGACAAGAUAGAUUUUGAACUUGAGUGCAGAGAUCAACCUUACACUGGAGUUGCUUGGUUCCUGGAUGUACAGAAAGGAGGUUUUUUUCUGAAACCAUGAAGCUGUGCCAUGCAGGUAUCUGUUGUAGUGGAUUUGGCAAUUGGGCCUAAAGGGGGUUGGCUAGAACAAAGAUUCAUGGAAACUGACCUGGUCCUGUGGAAGUCUUGAAGAGCUGAGUCUUCAUGUGCACCCUAGAGAUGAGUUAUAAGGAAGCAUCUUUGGGCUGGGGCAGGACUAAAUUCUGGCUUUGUGAAGACCACUUUGGAAUCUGCAGCCUGAAGCCCCAGAGGCAAAUCUAAUCUGGAGUAGACCUGAGUCUGGAAGUCUUGAGUCUGGACCAGCACUACUGUGGCCCUGGAGGCUGAAUCUGGCCUGGUGCUGGGGUCUGCAAAGAUAAGCUUUGUGCUUGGAUCUCUGGUGAAACUGGAUGCUCGUGUCAUCUCCUUCCCCUUUGUAGAGUGUGUUUUCCAGACCCAGGAUCAGCGUCAUAUGUCUACAAGUUCUUUCUAUACCCUUUAAGGCAUCCUUUUGUACUUGUUGUGCUCUAAACAAGUGCUAUAUAGUCUCACCUGAAUUUCUUAGCUUUUAUGAUAAUUAAAAGUUUAGCAAGAGGAUGAAUGCUGAAAGCUCUGCUCCUACUGCCUUACUGAUAUCAUCACUCCAUGAAAUAGUUAAUGUAUCAAACAGUGGAACCUGGGAUUAGGAUGUUCAUGGACUAUGUUGACAGUGCAGAAAGUUGAAGCUGUUGGUGGAAACCCAAAGUCAAUACUGGAGACAAAUAAAUAUUGCCUGUGAUAAUACCGUUAAGACAGCUUGGAGACCGUUCAUUUUUAAGUUGUAGGAGACUCCCUCACUUCGAGAACCACAGAAGCAAUUGUGCUUGCAGGAUGAUUUCAUUCAGGCAAGCAGCUUAUUUCAUUUGUCUGUUUACUACAGUUUCCUGUGGAUGUCUGACUCAGCUGUAUCAAAACACCUUCUUCAGAGGAGGGGAUGUGAUGUCCAUGUACUCCCCAAGUGCCGAGCACUGUCGGAUGAUGUGCACAUUCCACCCCAGGUGUUUGCUCUUCAGUUUUCUCCCAGCAAAUUCAACCAAUGAUGAACAGAAAUGGUUUGGUUGCUUCCUGAAAGAUAGCGCUACAGGAAACCUUCCAAGAGUGCAUCGGACAAGCGCAAUUUCUGGGCAUUCCUUAAAGCAAUGUGGCCAAAUAACUGCUUGCCACCAAACCACUUACAAAGGAAUUGAUAUGCGAGGAAGCAAUUUUAAUGUAUCUAAGGUUAAAAGUGUUGCAGAAUGCCAAAAAAAAUGCACUAACAAUAUUCACUGCCAGUUUUUCACAUAUGCCACCAAAGCAUUUCACAAAGAGGAACACCGGAAGAAUUGCCUUCUAAAGAAAAGCACAACAGGAACACCCAACAGUAUCAAGUUGCUGGAUAAUGUGGUGUCUGGAUUCUCCCUAAAGCCAUGUGCACUUUCAGAAAUUGGAUGCCACAUGAACCUUUUCCAGAACCUUGCAUUCUCAGACACGAAUGUUGCCAGAGUUACUGCUCCAAAUCCUUUUGUCUGUCGUACCAUUUGCACCUAUCAUUCCAACUGCCUCUUCUUUACAUACUACAAUAAUGAAUGGCAUAUAGAAUCACAAAGAAAUGCAUGUUUCCUUAAAACUUCUGAAAGUGGUACACCAAGUAUACCUACUCCUAAAGAAAACACUGUGUCUGGACACAGCCUUGUAACCUGCAAGAAAACAUUUCCUGAACCCUGCCAUUACCAAAUGUACUCUGGAGUUGACUUUGGGGGAGAAGAACUGGGCGUGACCUUCGUUGAAGGAGUGACUGCUUGCCAAGAGACUUGUACAGAGACAAUUCGUUGUCAGUUUUUCACUUACUCUUCACUCCCAGAAGAUUGUAAGGAAGAGAAGUGCAAGUGUUCCUUGAGAUUAUCUUUGGAUGGUUCCCCAGCUAGCAUCACACGUAGAAUACAUGCAAACUCUGGUUAUUCGUUGAGACUGUGCAAAACUGUGAAUGGUUCUGUUUGCACAACAAAAAUAAAUGCACGCAUCGUGGGAGGAAUGAACUCUUCUAGCGGAGAGUGGCCCUGGCAGGUAAGCCUGCAGGUGAAACUGGCAAGCCAAAACCAUGCAUGUGGAGGAUCCAUCAUUGGAAACCAGUGGAUUCUAACUGCUGCUCACUGCUUUGAUGGGCUUUUAUUUCCAGACGUUUGGCGCAUUUAUGGUGGAAUCUUACAUCUAUCAGAGAUUACAAAAGAAACACCUUUCUCACGAAUAAAAAAGAUUAUUAUUCACCCAAGUUAUCAAAUCUCAGAGAUUGGUCAUGAUAUUGCCUUAAUUCAACUUCAGACUCCUUUAAAUUACACCGACUACCAAAAAGCAGUAUGCCUGCCUUCCAAAGAAGAUACAAACAUAAUUUACACCAACUGCUGGAUAACAGGCUGGGGCUACACAAAGGAAAAAGGUAAAAUCCAAAACACUCUUCAAAAGGCAACUGUUCCUUUGGUGACGAAUGCAGAGUGCCAGAAAAGCUAUAGAGAUCAUAAAAUAACUGAACAGAUGAUUUGUGCUGGCUAUAAAGAAGGGGGAAAAGAUGCCUGUAAGGGAGAUUCAGGUGGUCCCUUAGUCUGUAAGUACAGCAGCAACUGGCAUUUGGUGGGCAUCACCAGCUGGGGUGAAGGCUGUGCCCGCAGGGACCACCCUGGUGUCUAUACCAAAGUAGCUGAGUAUGUGGACUGGAUUUUGGAGAUGAUACAGGAGAAGGAUUGAAGAGACUGCACAAGGACAAGGUGCCACCCAUUUGAUGAGCUGGGUUCCAGUCAAAUUCUGCAUCUUGGAGUCUUCAUCUGCAAAAGGUGAAGAGCACAUCUACCUCACAACUUUGUCACAGGCCAGCACUGAUGACACACACACAGCUGUCAAGGGACCUGAGUUUUCAGCACCCUCUCCUUGGGAACUGAUAAUCAAGGAUAACGGAAAUCUCCACCACUGCUUGUGAAAUAAAGUGGUAGUCAAGAAUAAUUAGAAAGUGUUUCUCCUCUGGUUGUGAAACAUACCUGAAAACAAUUGGACCUAGAUUCUAGCCCUCAGCCUGGGUUCAUUCUAAUCUCUGUGCUUCCUCUAGUGCUCAGUGAGUCUCAAGAGAUGUGCCUUGCUUCCCUGCCCCUGGAAACCCACCACUGGUGUGAGCACUGUGGCACAGCAGGAUAAGCUGCCACUUGGAAUGCCCAUGUGCAAUACCGGAGUGCCUCAUUGUAGUCCCAGGUUCUCUGUUUCUGAUCCAGGUUUCUGCUGAUGCACACAGGAAGCCCAAGUACCUAGGUCCCUGCCACCCAUGCGGACAAUCCAGAUUCAGUUAUAGGCUCCUGGCCUAGAAUCAGCAGUUGGAAGAUAUUGCCUCUCUUUGCUUUUAAAAUAAACUGAAAAUAAAUA